UUCUCAUUGUAGGGCCACUGGCCUAGAAAUGGCCCCAACUGGAAGCUAUGACUGGAGCCUGGUGGAGGCUUUGGAGCCAGUCUGGAGAUCAGGACUCCAGGAUCCAAGAGUUCAAUGCCCUCACAUGCUGUCCGGACACUAGGUGCGCCACGGACCACAACAUAGACAACACCAUGGAAAUGCUGCAGGAAUGGCUGGCAGCGGUGGGCGAUGACUAUGCCACUGUGGUCUGGAGGCCCCAGGGGGAGGCCAGGUCCUACCCAGACGAAGAGGGUCCCAAGCACUGGACCAAAGAAAGGCACCAGUUUCUGAUGGAGUUGAAGCAGGAAGCCCUCACCUUCGCCAGGGGCUGGGGAGCUGACUAUAUCCUGUUUGCAGACACAGACAACAUUCUGACCAACAAUCAGACACUGCGACUUCUGCUGGGGCAGGGACUCCCUGUGGUAGCCCCUAUGCUGGACUCCCAGACCUACUAUUCUAACUUCUGGUGUGGGAUCACCCCCCAGGGCUACUACCGCCGCACGGCCGAAUACUUCCCCACCAAGAACCGCCAGCGCCGUGGCUGCUUCCGUGUCCCCAUGGUCCACUCCACCUUCCUGGUGUCCCUGCGAGCUCAAGGGGCAGAUGAGCUCGCCUUCCACCCUCCUCAUCCCAACUACACUUGGCCCUUCGAUGACAUCAUUGUCUUCGCCUAUGCCUGUCAGGCUGCCGGGGUGUCGAUCCACGUGUGUAACGAGCACCGUUACGGAUACAUGAACGUGCCUGUUAAAUCCCACCAGGGGCUGGAGGACGAGAGGGUCAACUUCAUCCACCUGAUCUUGGAAGCCCUAGUUGAUGGGCCCCCGAUGCAGGCCUCAGCUCAUGUGUCUCGGCCUCCAAAGAGGCCCAGCAAGAUGGGGUUUGACGAGGUCUUUGUCAUCAGCCUGGCCCGAAGACCUGAUCGCCGGGAACGCAUGCUGAGCUCGCUCUGGGAGAUGGAGAUCUCUGGGCGGGUGGUGGAUGCUGUGGAUGGCCGGGCGCUCAAUGGCAGCAGCAUCAGGAACCUUGGCGUGGACCUGCUCCCUGGCUACCAGGACCCCUACUCGGGCCGCACGCUGACCAAGGGCGAGGUGGGCUGCUUCCUCAGCCACUACUCCAUCUGGGAAGAGGUGGCUGCCAGGGGCCUGGACCGCGUUGUGGUUUUUGAGGAUGAUGUGCGCUUUGAGAGCAACUUCCGGGGGCGGCUGGAGCGGCUGAUGGAGCAGGUGGAGACGGAGAAGCUGCCGUGGGACCUGAUCUACCUGGGCCGGAAGCAGGUGAACCCCGAGAAGGAGGCGGCCGUGGAGGGGCUGCCGGGCCUGGUGGUGGCCGGGUACUCCUACUGGACGCUGGCAUAUGCCCUGAGCCUGGAGGGUGCCCGCAAGCUGCUGGCCUCCCAGCCCCUGCACCGCAUGCUGCCCGUGGACGAGUUCCUGCCCAUCAUGUUUGACCAGCACCCCAACAAGCAGUACAAGGCACACUUCUGGCCACGGGACCUGCGGGCCUUCUCAGCCCGGCCCCUGCUCGCUGCGCCCACCCACUACGCAGGGGAUGCCGAGUGGCUCAGUGACACGGAGACGUCCUCCCUCUGGGAUGACGACAGCGGCCGCCUCAUCAGCUGGAGUGGCUCUCAGAAGACCCUGCGUGACCCCCGCCUGGACCUGGCUGGCAGCAGUGGCCACAGCCUCCAUCCACACCCCCGGGAUGAGCUCUAGGUCCAGGUGAGGACUCCAAGGAGUGCCCAGGAGCUGGCAGCAGCUACCUGCUCCAGGGAACAGAGGAGGUGGUUGCUGGCAGGGACCGCAGACCUGGUGAGACCUGGCUGCCACCUUGGGCAUGGCCACUCUGCAUGCUGGACCCGUCUCGCAUCAGGAGAAACCACUCAGAGAUGGAUUCAAUUUCGCGAAGGUCACAUACUAAAAGUGCAGGACCUGCAGGCCCCCUGACCCUGCCCAGAUUCAGAGCCUAGGGUGUGGGAAGGAGGUGGCCCUUCAGCUUUCCCCAUCAAGCUGGGCAGACCCCAGGAGCCCUGCCCUCCCUAAGGACUCAGCUGCUGGGGCCCCUCUAUCCCCUUCUACCUCCACCUCCACCCCCUCCCCACCUGACAUUUGGGUCUCACCAGCACCCUCUUCCCUGGUCAGUGGGAAGUGCAGGGAGGUGGGAGGAGGACCCUUAAAGACCUGGUGCCCAGCACACAAUAGGCCCUCAAUAAAAGCCACUGGUGUUUGCACUUUA